CGGAAACACAUGCUUUUAUUUUCUAAACAUACCGGCAGUGUGUCUCCCUCGCCCAUCUCCCGCUUCACGAACCCCCAGAAACAGUGUGACGUCACUAGAGUCCGGUUAGCUGUCAUCUGCGCAGAGACGAAGGACAUGGAGCUAAAUAUUCCUCCGUUCAGCUCCACUCGCGGCGAAGCUUCUUAAACACCGAGCCAGGAUUAUUCCGGUAUGUGUAUGUAAAAACGUCACCGGCUCACUCCGCUCCGACAUCUUGUUGCCAGCCCGAGGCUAGCUGCGAGGCUAGCUGACGCGUUAAGUUACUGGAACAGUUGAGAAAAGACUCCGCAUGGCGUUAAUCCUGUUCACCAGGUCCCGGGCUCCGUUGAUGAACACGUCCCGGUCCCUGAAGAGCGAGCUGAGGAAGAGCAAAGGGAAAGUUCAAGAUGGAGCCUGUUUCAACUGCACAGCGCUCAGACUCUCCAGUUCAAAACUUGAUGGACUCAGACUCGGCAGUCUGUCCCAGGUCCCUUCAUGUGGUCCCUCCCUCCCCCUGUCAGAUGGAUAUGUGGGCCUCUCCCAGGGCCCGGACUCUCAGCGCCUCUACUGUGCCUUUGUGUCUGGGGCCUCCUCUUCAGUGUACUCCUCACUCACAGCGGGGGCCCAGUGGACGAUAGCGCGACCACAGGACAUCCCCGGUGUCAGGUGGAUACACACCUCCAGGAGGAGAUGGGACGACUCCAAGGUGGAGAAGUCUCUGCGCUCAUUAAAGGACAAGAAGAAGAAGCUGGAGGAAGGAGGGCCGGUGUACAGUCCCACGCUGGACGCAGAACCUGUGAGAAGGACGCUGCGACAGCGGGUCAUAGACGAGAUCAAGCACUACUACCACGGCUUCAGGCUGCUGUGGAUCGAUACCACCAUCGCUGGGCGGAUGCUGUGGAGGGUGCUGAACGGACACGCUCUGUCCCGCCGUGAGAGGAGACAGUUCCUCAGAACAUGUGCCGACGUCUUCAGACUUCUUCCCUUCCUGGUCUUCAUCAUCGUCCCCUUCAUGGAGUUCCUGCUUCCUGUGGCUCUCAAACUUUUCCCCAACAUGCUGCCGUCCACCUUUGAGACAAAGUCAAAGAAGGAGGAGCGGUUGAAGACGGAGCUGAGGGUCAAACUGGAGAUGGCCAAGUUCUUACAGGACACCAUCGAGGAGAUCGCUCUGAGGAACAAGGCGGCUCAGGGCAACGUGACGGAGGAGUUCUCCACCUUCUUCCAGAAGAUCCGGGACUCUGGUGAGCGUCCCAGUAACGAGCAGAUCAUCAAAUUCUCCAAACUGUUUGAGGAUGAACUGACUCUGGACAACCUGACCCGACCUCAGCUGGUGGCGCUCUGCCGUCUGCUGGAGCUCCAGUCCAUCGGGACCAACAACUUCCUGCGCUUCCAGCUCAUCAUGAAGCUCAGAGCCAUCCGUGCUGACGACAAGCUGAUAGCAGAGGAGGGCGUGGAGAGUCUGAAUGUGAACGAGGUGCAGGCGGCCUGUCGGGUCAGAGGCAUGAGAUCUCUGGGAGUCACAGAGGACCGACUGAGGGAGCAGCUUGCACAGUGGCUGGAGCUUCAUCUGAACCAGCAGAUCCCCACGUCCCUGCUGCUGCUGUCCCGAGCCAUGUACCUCCCCGACACGCUGUCCCCCGCCGACCAGCUGAAGACGACGCUGCAGACACUGCCUGAGAUCAUGGCGAAGGAGGCCCAGCUGAUGGUGGCAGAGAUGGAGCUCUCUAAGGUCGACAACAAGGCCAAGCUGGAGACCACGCUGCAGGAGGAGGCCGCCAUACGCCAGGACAACAAGGACAGGGAGAUGGAGAGGCUGGCGGACGCUGCGGAGAAGGCGGCCAGGGAGGGAGAGCUGGAGCCCAAAGCAGAGCCGGUUGUAUCUGACAUGGCUGCUCAUUCAGAGACUCUGAGGGACACGGCUCCUGUCAUAGAGGGGAUCAAGUUUGAACAGUGGCAGAAACUCCUGCGUCUUCAGGGAGAGGAGAUCACCAAAGAGGAGAUCGACCUGCUGAGUGAUGCAUGCUCGAAGCUGAAGGAGCAGAAGAAGCUGUUGACUCUGGAGAAGGAAGAGCUGGAAGAGCUGAAGGACGACGUCCAGGAGUACAACGAGGACCUGGAGGAGAUAAAGAAGGAGCUCUCUAAGACGGGACAGGAAAAGGCUCUGGAGGAGUCCAAGGCCAGCCAGCGUCUGUCCAAGAGAGUAAACCGUAUGAUCGGUCGCAUCGACAAGAUCAUCCUGGAGCUGGAGAAAGACAAGGUCAUCCUGGACGGACAGAUGGACAGCGGCACCACCCCGCCUGUCGGAUUAUUUUUUACUAAAGUCAGCGAUGCGUCGAGUCUGUUCUACACCUUCAGGGAGAACCUGAUCAGCAUCGACGAGCUCAUCGGCGUCAUGCGGCAGAUCCAGAACAUUCCAGAGCACAAACUGCAGAGCAUCGCCGAGGCGCUCGACGACAACAAGGACGGGAAGAUCGACAUCGACGACGUCAUCAAGGUGGUGGAGCUGAUCGACAAGGAGGACAUCGACAUCUCCACGUCUCAGGUGGCCGACAUCAUGGUGAUGCUGCAGAAGGAGGAGAAGCUGAUCGAGAAGGAGAAGGCCAAAGAGAAGGCGGAGAAGGAGCAGGCGGCCACACGCAACAGCUAACUCAUCUCCCACAGAGAGACACACACACACGCAGAGCACUUGUAAAAACAAAGACCAGUGAGAAGAUGGUGACUGGUUCCCAGUUACACCAGAAGGUUCUGGACGACUGGAGGUAACAGCUGUUCUCUCACAACGUCACGUCACCACAAAGAGAAAAGAUUAUUUAGAAACUAAAAACAGACAGAUCGUCUUUAAAACGCACAAAUCUAAAGAAAAUUAUUAUGUUCAGCUCGUCUGGACGGAUCAUGUGUUAUUAUCAUCAUGUGUUAUUAUUAUCAUGUGUUAUUAUCAUCAUGUGUAAUUUGACUCAUUAAUUUAUUAGUGGAGGAAAUGCGGUGACGUGAAAACAGGUCGUUCUCCAAACUAGAGAUCUGAAAACAGCUGAGGAGGCUCAGAGUUUAAAGAGUUUAACGUUUGAGGUGAACCGUCUUGCCUUUCAUUACAUCAUCUCAUAGAAAUGACACAUCAUCUCUGGACUUUGCACAGUCAUCAUCAUCAUCAUCAUCAUCAUCUCACUCAGUUUGAUGUCAUCAUGUUCUCAUGUUGUAAAGUUAAAUGUUGUGAACAGUGAGAGGACACAGGGUAGAUCAGGAGGAGACUGUGGUGACUGCAUCCAAAAAUAUCAUCAUCACAUGUAACACAUGAACAUGUAACACAUGAACAUGUAACAUAAUAUGUUACAUGUUCAUGUGUUACAUGUUAUGAACAUGUAACACAUGAACAUGUGACGUAUGAAUUCAUCCAGAGACACGACGUCACGUGUUUAAAGAAACAUGAUAAAUAAGACGUGAUAGUUUAAUGUUGAUCAUUCCCACUCAGACAGGAGUAAAUUCAUGCUGUAGACUGAAGUUAGUUUUAAUAUUAAAUAUGACCGUGAUGUCAUUUCCUCUCAUUUUGUACUGAUGACAUCAUCACCUCGUCUGGUUGUAGCUCACUUCCUGUUGUGUAAGAAGCCAAAGUUGCACUGCGGCACAUUUAUUACCUGAUGAUUCCUGAUGGCAGCAAACAUGCCAGAUCAACACCGACUGAUUCUGACGAGCAGCGACGAACACGACCACAUCUCAGAGUCUGUUUACUUCCUGGUAGAAACCCUCGCAUCACGUGCAUGAAAUGAAACAGUGGUGAUCAGACGCUGCCUCAGUCGGUGUGUGUGUAGCCUCAUAAACAAAGAGCCAACUAUUGAAUCCUGUACCAGUUUGAGUGUGCGAUAUAUUUAAGAGUAUGUUCACAGCUUUACGUUGACGUCUUUUCUGACAGGAAACUGAAGCUCAAAGUCAUUUUACUGCACAGAAGACGAGCUGCUGGUUUACGGCAGCAUCGAUCAGUUAGUGUGUGUGUGUGUGUAUGUGUGUGAGGGUGACCUGGAGGAAAGAGUCAAAACACAACACACACUCAGACUGAGACAGAUUCUCUAGGUGGCUAACACAUUCUGCUGUGGUGCUGAUGACGCUAGCAAAAAAACACCGAACAUAAAAUACUCCCAGCAGCUGUGUGACAGGAAGUGACUGUUGAUUCACUCUGUACACACACACACACACACACACACACACACACACACACACACUCAGGGGUGUGAUCACUGCGGUGAUGUUGACCUCCACGGUGACCUUCCCCUGACACAGAUAUUAUUGAUCAUGUAUUGAUUGAUGGCAGAGCUCUGACGCUCACUGAGGAUCAUUUACAUGAUGUCAGUCAGUUUGAGGCUGAAGAUGAUUCAGUCGUGUAGACGAAGUUGUUUGAGGCCUCAGUUUUAUUUGCACCGUAGUGAUGAAGGUGCGGCAGCUGUGAACACGGACGACAUGAUGAGGUCAGAUCUGAUUUGAGUCGACCUCUGACCUUUAUUUUCAUCUGGCUGCCUGUUAGAUUAGUUCAGGUGUGUUCUCACUGCGAGCAGCUCGACAUCGUGUCUCAGUCACAGCUGCAGCUUGUGAUUAAUUAAAUUAUGUCUGAUUCAUUUUGUUCAGUCGUGUUAAUAUAGAACAUUUAUAAACAUUGAAGUCAAGUGACCAGCGGCAGCCAUCUUUGGGUUUCAUUAACAAAUCAGAUCAAACACAGAGAACGUCAGUAAAUUGUCUCCCUUCAGAAGUUUCUCUUCAUAAAUGAGAAACACAAAUCAUUGAUUAUUGAAUUUAGAUUUUCCGUCGGUCGACUCGUUGAUUCAUUUUUUAUUCUCAGCUCUAAUUUGAACCCAGAAGUUUCAGUCACUCUGACUGUUCAUUUAUUGAAGCUGUUUCUCGUCAUUAACGUUAAAAUAAUCUGAUAAUUAAACUGAAUGAAUUAAUGAACAGAAACAGACUUUAUGUCUCAGCUGAUGUGACGUCAGCGGCGUUCAGUCCAGCAACACACAGAGGCUCCGACUGACUGUGAUCAGUUUCACAUUCAUCUUGUGUUUGCAGAUCAAACACACUAUUAAUAGGUAAUCAAUAGAAACGCAGAAGCAUUUUCGUGGUCAGCUGACAGGAUUCGUGGUCGUCCACAUGUCAGGUGGCUCAGCUCCGCAGGGAGUGACAUAACAUCUGCUGAGCUGAGUGUCAGGUCGUAUGAAGCGACAGUAAAGAGCGGCUCCUCCUUCAGUGACGACGUGUUCACCGCUCGUCUGUCAGAGGACGGAGAAGUGGUCCUUGAGAUAACGCUGAGUGGACGGCGCUCCGUCUAAUCCUCUGUCGUACGUACGUGCUGAUGAUUUACAGCUCGCCGGACUCCCAUCAGGCAUUGCUGCCUGGGACCAGUCAGACUGAUGGCUGCUGGGUAAACACUGGGCCCAUACAUGGCCCACAGCUGCUCCUCUGGAGGGUUGUGUUUAGGUUCCAGACGGUCCGGCGGGACAUGGCACGCUCGCUGCUGCAUAAAUCAGCGGUCAGCGUAAACACGUCGCCCCAACGUUGUGACAGCUUCUCCGUGACACUCGGCAGUAGAGAGUUUGUGGAGCGCCGUGCAUGUCAGCAGCACUGCCACUGUGUGUAGGCACCGAGGGGUCAAAGGUCAGAGGGGACGUAUGACAGUGACGUAGACCAGAGCGUGUGAGGCUGAUGGAGAUCAACACUGAGAGAAGCUCAGGAUAGUUUGAAACAUUAAAGAACAGAAUAAAUUUCAUUUCUACGUUUCAUAUGUUCAAACUUCAAGGAGCUGAGCAGAGUUCACUGUGUUGAAAGGAAGUCUGAGGAGGAGGAGGAGGAGGAGGAGGAGGAGGACAGAAGGAGACGGCAGCAGAAACAUUUUGACAGUCAGCUUUGAUUGGUCGGUUUUCUGUGUCCAGUCAGCACGACUGUGGUCGAUCAUGUGACUGUCCUCUGAUCAGUGAUGUCACUGUGUCACUGCACUGUGUGUGUGUGUGUGUGUGUGUGUGUGUGUGUGUGUGUGUGUGUGUGUGUGUGAGCAGCUUCAGCAGCAGCAGGGAGCACAAGUUAUGAUCUGUGAUACCAAACCGUCCUGAAAGAUUCCCAUAGAGUUUGAGGAAGUCGUGUAGAAGAAGAACAAAUAUUUAACUCCUCGUGCACCUUUUGUUUAUUUCUCCCUUCUGUCUGAGGCACAUCAGGUGCGACUGAUUUGUUUCAGGCGACUGUAACAUCUAGGAAAAGAAAAGAGUCGUCAGGCUGCUGCAGGAGAAACACUGCUGUAACUGGACUCUGCUUCUCCUCCUGAUAUCAGGCUGAUAGCUUGAACAUGUGGGAGGAGAUGAUCUGACAGGUGAUUAUUGGUCUUUUCAACACCAGACAAAGCUGCUCUUUGUAGGACAUGAAGAUAUGUGAGUGUAGCUGCAGACAGAGGAAAAAGGCAGCAGGAGAAUCAGGACCAGCAGAGUUUAUAGAGUCAGUCUGCAGCCAGCAGCUCAGACUGUCUGACACUGGAGGAACCUUUAAACCAAACAUCAGAGCAGCCUCCAUCUCUUCACAGGACACGUGUUGUUAAAGACGUUCACACAGAAAGUGAAGCUCAUUUUCAAUGUCUUUCCCUCCAGUUUCUUAAAUUCAUAAAAUCCAGGAUUCACACAAAGUUGUUAGAAACAGAAAGACGUGAUGUGACGUUAAUAUUCAAACUGAAUGUGCUUCACGUCUGUGAGAUCAGCUCAGAGUCACUUUCAGCCUGCAGCUGUUUGAAGUCUCGUGCUGACGCUCGCUGUCAGUUCACAGGACGUUAACAAGUCUUCAGUCAGUGGAGACAUAAAUCAGGACGAAUGUGUCCUCAGUCUGAAGGUGAGAGGACAUGAAGCAGUAUCAUUUAUGACCUGAUGCAAUCAUAUUAAAUAUAAAUAUAUAUAUUAGUGAUUGAACCUGACGAGACAGACCAGCUUCUGUUUGAGAUCAUUGUCAUGUUAUUUAUUUAUUUAUUUAAUCAGAUUUUCCAAAGUUGUUUUUUUUUCUCCAUCUGAACAUGGAGACGUCGUUUCUUCUUCACGAAGUGACUGGAUUUGAUUUGAUUUAACUUGAAUGUAUGAAAAACAUCAGAAACCUCAUUUAUUGAAUCAAUAAAUCAUGACGUUGAAUUUCA